AUGGAAAUUCAGAUAAGAAACGCAACAGAAAAGGACUUGCCUGCCGUGGCGCAGCUUGCUGGCGUCGCAUUCCACCCAACAACCGAUUGGAUCACUCGCCAAGUCUUCCCUCUGCAUCUCCAGCCCAAAAAUAUUCCCGAUGGCGAGGCAUAUCUACCGUGGCGUCAGUUAAGAAAGACAGUCAGCUACAAUACGUCAAAUAGCGCCGUUAUAGUGGCCAUCGAUACCACCCUGGACAACCAAAUCGUUGGCUUCGCUGUGUGGGAUCAGCCAAUUGAAGAUGAGCAGCUCCCAGCUGCGCCAGCAGAACCAGAGCUGCCUCCAGCUGUGUCGGAUGUGAAAAUCUAUGAGGAGCUCCAAGCAAUUUUGAAAGAGGACCAUAGAGCCAGUUUUGGAGAUAGAGAACUGAAAGAUGUGUGGCAUCUCGACAUGAUUGGGGUUGACCCACUCCACCAGCGGAGGGGAAUAGGCAAAGGGCUCCUAACAUGGGGCAUGCGACAGGCUACGAAAGCUGGCAGGGAUUGCUACCUGAUGGCAACACCACAAGGGCGACCGCUCUAUGAAGCUUUUGGUUUUGAGAUUGUACGGCCAUUAAAUAUGUUUGGAGUAAUGCAUCACUCGAUGAUAUAUCGAGUCAAUAAAGAAGCAAUUUUAUGA